UAAUGGCGAAAAGGCAGCAAAUUACUUUCGCAGUAAUUAGCAAAUACAUGCGUAAAUGCAUACAUUAACUACGCAAAUAAUCAAUUUCCCUAUAAAUUACAUUUCACCGCACGUGAACGUGCUCAGAAAAAUUUUCUGAUUGGUUCACGUAACUUAAUUCAUGCUUCUUUCUCACAAUGGAGAAUAUGAAAGCGCAACCCUUUCAAAGGCACGUAGUCAGCGUUCGCGCACCCUUUCCCAAUUUCCCGAAAGCCCUAAUUGGCCGAGCAAAGCGGUUUCAAUUAAAACGUCCCGUGUACGCCACUGUCUCGUGCAGGUAACAUGUAUCCAUAGAAACAAGGGGAUGCUGUGCAAAUCCUCUUUUCGAGCGCGAAAUCAAAAGAUCCGAGGAACACAGUUCACUUCAGCCCUAAUAACUAUCAAGCUCGAUAUUGCGACAAAAACGUUGUCUACUCGUAGUCGAUUUAAUUUUUUUUGUUUUGUACAUUCAUACAGCGGGCAGAUGCUGUUAUUUAAUAACGCACUAUCAGUACGGUACGAACGUCGAUAUUUCAGUUUUAAUUAAGUUGGCGGGUAGGUAUUUGUGAAGUGCUCCCGGUGAUUGAUUCAACAAUUUUAACUCUCCAUCAAACGACAAAGUUCCCCAGCGGCGAGAUGCUGUUUAACUUUCAGCCGCCCCAAGUGAAUUCGCUUUGACGUAAACACUCGAUAAUUAUGUUAAAUGAAGAAACCAAUUAUCGUAGGGUGGUACGCGUGAAACCACAAUGGAACGUUGACCAAGAGCCUGAGUGCAAAAGUGUGGCAAACGAUCCAAAAACCAAGUACGUAAAAUGCGAAACGGAUUGCGAAGAGCCUUACGUGCGAUUUAGAAGAAGGUCCUCCGUCAAGCAGGAGGAUGUCGAAACUUACGAUUAUUUUGCGAAGGUAAUGCUAUUGGGCGAUUCAGGCGUCGGGAAAACGUGCAUUUUGGUCCGUUUUCGCGAUGGACUUUUUCUCUCGGGAAAUUUUAUUUCCACCGUCGGGGUGGAUUUUAGGAACAAGGUGGUAACGGUCGACAACUCGAGGGUGAAAUUGCAAAUAUGGGAUACGGCCGGACAGGAGCGGUUUAGAAGCGUAACCCAUGCCUAUUAUAGAGACGCACAUGCGCUUUUGCUGCUGUAUGACGUGACCAAUAAGACCAGUUUUGACAAUAUAAGAGCGUGGCUGGGGGAAAUUAGGGAGUACGCACAAGAUGAUGUCGUUAUCAUGUUAAUAGGAAAUAAAUGCGACUGCGGAACGGACAGAGUGAUUCGAAGAGAAGACGGUGAGCGACUCGCGAGAGAGUACAAUGUAGCCUUUAUGGAAACCUCUGCAAAAAGUGGAGUUAACGUAGAGCUCGCCUUCAUGGCCAUCGCGAGGGAAUUAAAGCGGCGACAAAGCGGCAAUAAAGACAGUAAUAGGUUUAGUGUUCAAGACUACGUUAGGGAAGAAACUGAUAAAACCCCGUGUCCUCCGUGCGGUAACUAAAUUGCGCCAAUUUGAAAAUGUAUCAUCGGUCAUUUCGUUUCCAUCACAAAUUCAUGUACCUCUCUGCUUCAAAUAAAUCUGUCUGUAUCUAAGGAGUUUAGAUUUCCAAAACGUGUUAAAGAAUGUAAAAGCCCUCGAUGUGAAGUUAUUACUGUGACAGAAAAUUAUCAAUAAUAAUGAAUUACGCUUAUUGUACUAUUUAUCUGUAUUUGGAAGUAUUUAACCAUUUUUAUGACCAACAAUUAGCAAAAAAAACGAUUCAAUUAAGAAGCAUAUCCCGCGUUUUUGUUCCCUAGGUAUCUAGCUGUAAAUUCUGUUUGUUAAAAAUGAAGAGAGAUUUAUGAAUAUAUCAUUAGUUAUUAAAUUAGGUGAUUAUAUAAUCUGUUAUUGGUCUACUGCAUGCGGAAGCCAUGGUUUACAAACACUGCUUCCGCUUGCGAGGUACGAGCACUUUAUCUAUGAGCUUUUAUGGAUCAUCCAAACCAUGGCAAAUGGAAGAUUGCCCAACAGUCGAAUCAAAAAUAGAAUGUAGACUUAAAAGCUUGUAGAUAUAAGAUUUGUGGUAUUGAUAUUGGUUUAUAAAUAAAUCAACAAUUGUG